AUGGCAGGGGUUGCUGGUGGAGCAACAUCUGGUAAGACUACAGUUUGUGAUAUGAUUAUACAGCAGCCUCAUGACCAGCGUGUUGUUCUUGUUAACCAGGAUUCUUUUUACCAUGAUUUGACACCAGAAGAACAUGCAAGAGUACAUGAAUACAAUUUUGAUCAUCCUGAUGCAUUUGAUAAUGAGAAACUUUUAGCUUCUAUGGAUAAGUUGAGGAAUGGGCAAGCAGUAGAUAUUCCAAACUAUGACUUCAAGAGUUACAAAAACAAUGUCUUCCCGCCUAGAAGGGUAAACCCUUCAGAUGUGAUAAUUUUGGAAGGCAUUCUCAUUUUUCAUGAUCCCCGUGUUCGAGAGUUGAUGAGUAUGAAGAUAUUUGUCGAUACAGAUGCUGAUGUUCGUUUAGCAAGGAGGAUAAGGCGUGACACAGUAGAGAAAAACAGGGAUAUUGGUACAGUUCUUGAUCAGUACUCAAAGUUUGUGAAGCCUGCAUUUGAUGACUUUAUUCUUCCUACAAAAAAAUAUGCUGACAUCAUUAUUCCUCGCGGAGGAGAUAAUCACGUGGCUAUUGAUGUUAUUGUAAAACACAUCCAUACAAAGCUUGGCCAACAUGACUUGUGUAAAAUAUAUCCUAAUUUAUACGUUAGACAUUCAACUUUUCAGAUACGGGGCAUGCAUACCCUCAUACGUGAUUCACAAACAACGAAGCAUGAUUUUGUAUUUUAUUCUGAUCGGUUGAUUCGUUUGGAAAAUUUUUAG